AAUAGAGUGACUGAACUGACCGGGCCUCCUCUUUGCGAAGAAUUAACCAGAGGUUUGGGCCUACAAGAUGGCCUGAAACUUCUCGAAGCCGUUCGUAACGAAUUCAAUGUCCCAGUCACGACCGACUUUCAUGAGUCGCAACAAGCGGCGGCCGUCGGUGAAGUGUGUGACAUCCUUCAAGUGCCCGCGUUCCUUGCUCGGCAAACCGAUCUCCUCGUUGCCGCAGCUCAGACCGGCAAAACGGUUAACGUGAAGAAGGGGCAAUUCAUGGCCCCUUGGGACAUGAAACAUGUCGUCGAAAAGCUUCGCGAGGCUGGUGCCCACGAAACAUUGCUGACCGAGCGAGGGACAUUCUUCGGUUACGGCCGGCUUGUCAACGACAUGCGAAGUCUUCCGCAGAUGCGAUCGCUUGGCGUUCCGGUGGUAUUCGACGCGACGCACAGCGUCCAAGAGCCUGGCGGGCUUGGCAGUCAAACCGGCGGUAACCGAGAAAUGGUAAAGCCACUUGCGAUGGCUGCCGCAGCAAUGGGCAUUGAUGGCUUGUUCCUGGAAACGCAUCCCAAUCCGGAUCAAUCUCCGAGCGACGGCCCGAACAUGGUGCCGCUGGCGGUUAAAUAUCCUCCCAUGACUUGCACUCAUCGAAUCGCUGUCUUCGCUUUGCUGACCAUCAUGGUGAUGGCUGGCUGUGAUAGCCGCAAAGUUAUUCGCCCUCAAGUCGACAAUACUCAAGCGAAUAUCUCGACCGAUGCCGGAAGCUCGAAGCAGUUCGUCGAUCAGGCACUGAACUACCUGAGCGAUCUCGAUCGUUAUCCCGCAGGUCGCGUCAAAGUUGAAGUGCUUCAGCGAAUGAAUCGCUGGUUGAUGUCGCAAAAGUUAGAUCCGACCUGGAAACCUGAUCCCAUGGUCGAGCAACUCCCGGAUGAGAUCCGCAGCCUGCCGCGGAUGCAAGACUUAGAGAGUCGCUACUUCUUGGAUCAGCCAUCGCAAUUUCCCGAAGCGAUUUUUCGUGGAAGCGAGUUCGAUUUCCUCGUAGGUACCUACUGGGCGAAAACGAUCUCGGAUUGGAUUCGGGAUACGAAGAUACCUCCCGCCGACAUUCAGGAAUUUCUGAAUGCACAAAAAAAUCAGACGCUCGACGAGGGGCAAACGAACGAUCUUGGGUUGGCCUACUUAUUGUUUGACUGGACAGUCCGACACAUUCACCCGGUUCGUCCCUUGGAAUUUGAAGAAGGCAAGUUCGCGCCCGGCACAAGUCGCGAUGUCUGGAAUGCCAUUCAGCUGAACGAAGGAGACGCCCAGGAACGAGCCCGGGUCUUUAUCCACCUUUGUCGCCAGCAAGGACUCGACGCAGUGAUGGUCCAGUUCGGCGACAAGGAUCCGCAAGUUGUUGGUGUUGCCAUUGGAUCAGAACUGUUUCUGUUUGAUAUGGCAUACGCACUUCCCCUCUCACUCGCCGAUGGGAGCGGUAUUCAAAGGCUUUCGCAACUUGUUGAUAACCCGGAAGCCCUUCAGGCGAUGGCUUCCGAGAACUAUAAAUAUCCGGUCACCGAGGACGACCUGAAGAACGUCACGCUGUUGAUCGAAGCACCUUCGACGUCUCUGACCCAGGCAACCGACUUGCUGGAAGGUGUUCUGUCUGGUGACUCGACUUUAAAGGUUCACGUUCAACCGUCUUCGAUCAAAGAUCGACUGGCGAGCUUUAAGGGGGUAAGCGACGUUCAAUUGUGGACGGUUCCGUUCGAAGCGGAACAGGCUAUCGCCAAACGUCUUUCCGACACAACGCUUGGGCCGCUCUAUCAAGUCGAACGAUUCAUCUACGACACCAUGACGCCAUUUUCGACAGCUCGCAAUUUACAGCUCCUCUGUCGUUUCCGAGACGAGGCGCAAAGCAAAGGGGCUCGGUCGAUGCUGAUGGAU